ACCCGCACCCCGGCUCUGGAAUUUCCCACCGGUUACGGGAGUCCGGAGGGUCCUGCCCACCCACGUCGCUUCCCGGGGCGCGAGCAGGACCCUGCCCCGUCUCCUUCAACACCCUCUUCCCGAGCUCCUUCGGACACAGGACUCGGCCUGGACACAUCCCAGUCAGGUGGCCUCUGAAGCCCGGUGGAGCUUCCACCCGCUAAGAACAUCAUGGCCAGCCCCAGAACCAGGAAGGUUCUUAAAGAAGUCAGGGUGCAGGAUGAGAACAACGUUUGUUUUGAGUGUGGCGCAUUCAAUCCUCAGUGGGUCAGUGUGACCUAUGGCAUCUGGAUCUGCCUGGAAUGUUCGGGGAGACACCGUGGGCUUGGGGUGCACCUCAGCUUUGUGCGCUCUGUUACUAUGGACAAGUGGAAGGACAUUGAGCUUGAGAAGAUGAAAGCUGGCGGGAAUGCUAAGUUCCGAGAGUUCCUGGAGUCUCAGGAGGACUAUGAUCCCGGCUGGUCCUUGCAGGAGAAGUACAACAGCAGAGCCGCGGCCCUCUUUAGGGAUAAGGUGGCCGCUCUGGCCGAAGGUAGAGAGUGGUCUCUGGAGUCAUCACCUGCCCAGAACUGGACCCCACCUCAGCCCAGGACCCUGCCGUUCACGGCACACCGAGCUUCUGGCCAGCCGCAGAGUGUGACCGCCUCCUCGGACAAGGCUUUCGAAGACUGGCUGAAUGAUGACCUUGGCUCCUAUCAAGGAGCCCAGGGGAAUCGCUAUGUGGGGUUUGGGAACACGCCACCGCCUCAGAAGAAAGAAGAUGACUUCCUCAACAACGCCAUGUCCUCCCUGUACUCGGGCUGGAGCAGCUUCACCACUGGAGCCAGCCGGUUUGCCUCAGCAGCCAAGGAGGGCGCUACAAAGUUUGGAUCCCAAGCAAGUCAGAAGUUUUGGGGUCACAAGCAGCAGCCGGAGCCGGCGUCCGAGCUGGGCCACAGCCUGAACGAGAACGUCCUCAAGCCUGCGCAGGAGAAGGUGAAGGAGGGAAAGAUUUUUGAUGAUGUGUCCAGUGGGGUCUCUCAGUUGGCGUCCAAGGGAGUCGGUAGUAAGGGAUGGCGGGACGUCACCACCUUUUUUUCGGGGAAAGCAGAGGGCCCCUUGGACAGCCCCUCGGAGGGCCACAGUUACCAGAACAGCGGUCCGGACCACUUCCAAAACAGCACCAUAGACCAGAGUUUCUGGGAGACCUUUGGAAGUGCUGAGCCCACCAAGGCCCGCAAGUCCCCAAGCAGCGACAGCUGGACGUGCGCAGACACCUCCACCGAGAGGAGGAGCUCGGACAGCUGGGAGGUGUGGGGCUCGGCCUCCACCAACAGGAACAGCAACAGCGACGGUGGGGAGGGCGGGGAGGGUGCCAAGAAGGCAGUGCCACUGGCCGUGCCCGCUGACGAUGGCUGGGACAACCAGAACUGGUAGGGCCCACCGCGCCCCUGUCCCCAGCACCCCCAGGCGACUUCAUGUUUGCACUCUGCCCUCCUCGUUCCUCCUCCUUUCAUUUGACCCAAGAAUCAGCGACUGCAGUGUGAGGACAGCGUCUCGGGAGGCAGGACCCCAGGGAGACUCAGGUUCUCACCGCCUGCCACGUGGGGUUCUCGGUGCGUGGGAGCGGCCUGCUCUCCAGCCUGGGCGGGGGCCAUCCCGUCCUACACUCCCCUGGGUAUUCGUGGACUCAAGGCAGGGGCUCUUCGUGGUUUGCUGGGAGGUGGGCUGCAGCACAGAGCCCUGUGAGUGUUCCGGCGGCCAGUUCACUACGCAGUAUCUCGGGGCUGGGACCAGCCCCGUGCCGAGCUGUCAGCGACAUGAGGUGUCCCUUCUCCUUGAGAUACUUUGGGUUUGCUCUAGUUCUUUCUUUUUGAAGAGAGUAACUGGAGUGGUAAAGAUGGAAACGCUAAAAGCGAUACUGGCGCUCACACUGCCGUCCGACCACCCUCGGCUCCCACGUCCACGCCUGCCUGGGCCUGUGCUGUCAAACCUGCGUCGGUCGUGACCCUCCGUGGCUUCCCUGCAUCCGCACUGUCCAACCACCAAGUUCACCAGACACAGCCCCACAAUAGCCACACCCACACCUGAGCUGUUCUCAGUGCUGGGACUUGGCCACCCUGGAACACCCUGGAAAAAAAAGGAGCGCAGGGUGGGCCCUCGGCCCUGAGGCAGGAGGGCACGACAGCGAUGUGGCCCGGCAGGACAGCCCCGGGCUCAGGAGCUGAGCAGGGAUGCCUGUGUGCGGUGCCUGAG